GUUAUCCGUCACACAAGCUUGUGCAUCAUUUGCAUCCGGGCAUUCUGUCGAGAUGGUCAUGGCGGAGGGUACUGCAGUUCUGAGGAGGAAUAGGCCUGGAACCAAGGCGAAGGAUUUCUACAAUUGGCCGGAUGAAUCCUUUGAGGAGAUGGACAGCACUCUGGCUGUACAACAGUACAUUCAGCAGAACAUCCGGUCAGACUGCUCUAACAUCGAUAAGAUCCUGGAGCCUCCAGAGGGACAGGACGAGGGAGUGUGGAAGUACGAGCACCUCAGGCAAUUCUGUCUGGAGCUGAAUGGACUAGCUGUGAAACUGCAGAGUGAGUGCCACCCAGACACCUGCACGCAGAUGACUGCCACAGAGCAGUGGAUCUUCCUAUGUGCUGCACACAAAACCCCCAAAGAGUGUCCUGCCAUUGACUACACCAGGCACACGCUGGACGGAGCUGCCUGCCUUCUCAACAGCAACAAGUAUUUCCCCAGCCGUGUGAGCAUCAAGGAGUCCUCUGUAGCCAAGCUGGGCUCUGUGUGUCGCCGUAUCUAUAGGAUAUUCUCUCAUGCCUAUUUCCACCAUCGCCAGAUAUUCGACAAGUAUGAGAAUGAGACGUUCCUGUGCCAUCGGUUCACACGCUUUGUGAUGAAGUAUAACCUGAUGUCCAAGGACAACCUGAUCGUUCCUAUCCUGGAGGAGGAGGUCCAGAACGCUUCAGCCGGGGAGAGCGAGGCCUGAGAGGAGAGCUGCACACAGGAGACCAGACGUGUAUUCAAAUACUGCUUGAUUGAGCUUGCCUGUUGCAAUGGAACCAAGAGAAGUCCCACAUGUGCAAACCCCACCCAUCUGGCACUCUAAAGCAAAUGCUCAAAGUAUUUGAAAGAUUUCAGAUAGUAUUUGAACCAAUGAUUUGUAUAUACACUAGACUGACAGGGGGCGCUGUUUUGAAGCCACCACGCCUCCCAUCUUGGCACCAUUGUAAAAAAAUGUCUACAAUUGUUUUUGCCACAUUUACUCUAUUACAGACAGCUACAUGCAUAAUUUGUAAUUGUGUGAGCUAAAAGUAAAAAAUGUAAUUUUAAACAUCCUUAAAAGUACUAAUGUUACUGGCCCCGCUACAACAACAAUACUUAAAUAUAUGUAAUUUUGUCCUUGAAAUAUUCAAGUGGAAUUCCUAUGGACUGCCAAUAUGGCCGACCGGUGGCUCCAAAGCCUCUCAUUAGCCAAUGCAUAGCAUCAGCAAUCCAGAGUUUAUAUACAUCAUUGAUUGGAACCCAGGUCUGAAACAGCUAUACACUACAGACAGGCUCUCACUACUUGCUUUAACAUUUUAAGCACCUGGAUUUGCUCAACCUACAUAAAACCAUAAUGUGUUGAUGACAAAGGCACACUCAUGGGCUCCCUGUAUAUAACCUCUGCUCUCCCAUGUCCCCCUCCAUCUUGUUUUCCUGGUGCUUUACAUUCUCCCUGUUGCCUUUGUUCUCUCUUGCUGAAUUGUAAAUGGACCCCUUGCCACUCCAGGAAGAUCUGAGAGGAUUGGUGGAAAAAUGCAGACAUUUCCAUGCAGCCCAUUGGAAGGCAAGAUGAAGCUAUGACUAUAAUGCUUCUGUAUCCAAUCUGCUCAAAUGUACAGGUGUGUGUAGGGUUUAGAGGCUAUGGAUCCAUUUGUGGUUCAGAAUCUCUGCUUUUGUUGCUCUGAGUACAUACCUCCGUCACCAUUCCCCCCCCGCAGGGUAGCCUAGUGGUUAGAGCGUUGGACUAGUAACCGGAAGGUUGCAAGUUCAAACCCCCGAGCUGACAAGGUACACAUCUGUCGUUCUGCCCCUGAACAGGCAGUUAACCCACUGUUCCUAGGCAGUCAUUGAAAAUAAGAAUUUGUUCUUAACUGACUGGCCUAGUUAAAUAAAGGUAAAAAAAUAAAAAAUAAAGUUAUUUUGUGAGAGUCUUGUCUAUCUGCCCCACUUUUUAAUUUUCCUUUUUUAAUGAACUGAAUUUUGUUACAUUUUCAUGAUGUCUGUUAAUAAAAAGACUGUUACCCAA